CCGCGGGGCGGGGUCUCGCAUUCGAACGGCGGCGGCGCCGGCCGGGAACAUGGCGGGACCGCGGGCGCUGCUCCGGCGAUUCCCGCUGCUGCUGCCUCAGAACCGCCGGGGAACCGCCUACGAGGGCUUCGUCACCACACAGGUACCCGCGGCCCAGGGUAGAGAUUUCCACAUCAGGGUAUUGUUACCAGAGGAUUUGCAACUGAAAAAUGCAAGGAUAGAGUGCAGCUGGAGUCUGAAGAAGAUCCUGCAUCCAUAUCAGCAUAUUUUAAAGCAGAGGCUCCACAGCUGCCCAGACCUUGUCAGUUUUAUGGUGGAGCUGAGAACUGUUUUGGAAAUUGCUUUAAAGAACACACAAGACCUGCACGUACCACGGCCACCAGAAUACUACUCCUGUCUUGUCAGAGAUCUGGAAAUACUGGGCUGGAAUAAAGUUGCCUACGUGGACACUGGGCUUACCGCAGUCAAGUUAAAAGCUGAAGACUCUUGUGGUCGACAGCAUCUCAUCACUCUCAAGUUAAAUGCAAAGUAUCCCACAGAACCCCCGGAUUGCCUGGUGGAUUUUCCUGUUCCCUUUGCCAUUUCCUGGAUGCCACAGAACUCCUUACUGGACAUUUACAACCAGUUCCUGGCAGCACUGGAGUCACUGAAGGAAUUCUGGGAUGCCCUGGAUGAAAUCGAUGGGAAGACCUGGGUGCUUGAGCCAGAGAAUCCCACCCGGAGCGCCACAGCCAGGAGGAUUGCAAUAGGGAACAACGUCUCAGUGAAUGUGGAGGUAGAUCCUCGCCAUCCAAACAUGCUUCCAGAGUGUUAUUUCCUUGGAGCAGAUCAUGCAGUGGCCCCUCUGAGAACAAAGCUCAACAACAACAUGCACUUGUGGGAUCCAGAAAUCAGUUUGUUACAAAACUUGAAAGACCUCCUAGAAAUUGAGUUUCCAUCUCGAGCUGUAUUGGAAAAAAGCGACUUUGCCAAGGACUGUGGGAUCUGCUAUGCCUAUCGCCUCGACGGCGCCGCUCCCGACCAAGUGUGUGACGAGCCCCGCUGUGGACAGCCCUUCCACCAGGCUUGUCUCUAUGAGUGGCUACAAGGCCUUCCUACCAGCAGGCAGAGUUUUAAUGUCAUCUUUGGCGAAUGUCCCUACUGCAAUAAGCCCCUGACGCUGAAAUCUUCAACGAAGAAACUCUGAGGAAAAACCGCGUGGUGGGAACACCACUGCACUUACACUGGAGACACCAAACCAGCAACAUCACAGCAGAUACAAGGACAGUACAAUGAGCAGCA